UAACUUCCUGGUUGGUGUGUACCUGGCUGUUUAAAUCAAUACGUGAAACCCAUAAUUGUAUUUCCUGGUAGCAUUUCAAAGACUCUUAUAUAAUGGACCCCAGAUAUUCUGCCCAGGACAUCCUUAGAUGUGACCUCUGUGAAGAUAGAGUUGUACAAAAUAUGUAUUGUAUUUUAUGUCCCAUGAAUCUGUGUAAGGAUUGUGUGGUGGAACACACCUCUGAUGCCUCUAAGAAACAUGAUGUGGUGCCUUUUGCUUUGAGAAGAUCCAAACUUGUGUACCCUCAAUGCAAAAUUCAUUCUGAAGAGAACUGUGAAAUGCACUGUGAAGAUUGCAAUACUUCAGUCUGUCACAAAUGUGUCAUCUCUGAGAAACAUAAGCGACAUCAUUUCAAAAGUCUACAGGACUUAGUAAAUGUAUCCUGUCCUCCAGUCAAACAACUGCUUGAUGAACCAGAGCUCUUUGACACCAUAGAAACUGAACAAACUGAACUAUAUGGGGUUUCCUGUCUAAGUGAUGAAGAAAUCUGGACAUAUGGGUAUAACAAAACCAUGAAACUCUACAACCUUUACGGCGACUUACUGAAGUCAAUCCAAACAAAAUCAGGAAACAAUCCUCAGGACAUAGCAGUGACAAGGAGUGGAGAUCUAGUUUAUACUGACCGUGGUACAAAAACUGUAAACAUAGUGAAGAAUGACCAGAUACAGGAAGUGAUCAGACUACAGGGGUGGAGACCUUAUGGUGUCUGUAGUAUAUCCUCUGGUGACCUCCUGGUUACCAUGGUCAGAUAUGAUCAUAAAGAAUCAAAAGUUGUCCGUUACUCUGGCUCCACAGAGAAACAAACCAUUCAGUUUGAUGAAAAGGGUAAGCCACUGUAUUCAUCUGAUUACAAUAGUACUAAAUACAUUUGUGAGAAUAGGAACCUGGAUAUCUGUGUGGCUGACUGUGGAGCCCAUGCAGUAGUGGUGGUUAAUCAGGCAGGAAAACUCCGAUUUAGAUACACUGGUCAUCCCUCUACUACCAAAAAACCAUUCUACCAUUUCUUUACUAAGAAGGAAUCAUCAAAUUUUGAUCCAUUGAGCAUAACAACAGACAGCCAGAGUCAGAUUCUGACAACAGACUUUGACAACAACCGUAUUCACAUCAUAGGUCAGGAUGGACAGUUCCUUCGUUACUUUGAUACACGUAACUGUGAGCUACAGUUUCCAUGGGGUUUAUGUGUAGACUCCAGAGACAACCUCUUUGUGCCUGAUUUUUAUACUGGUGAAGUGAACAUAAUCAAAUACAUGUAGUCAUGUGUGCUGAAAGAAUGAAUGUACUCAAGUACAUAAUCCAUAAUCUUUUUGGCUAUCCAUUUUAAACUUUAAAUUACAAAAUAUUGCUUAAUUAACCUAAUAUGAUUAUUGUGCAUGUUUUUGAAAUUUAUGUCUUGAAUUUUUUGUUAUACAUAUUUCUAUAUUUACCAUGAUUAUAAACAAUGUCAUUGAAAAGAAAACUUUUAAGCCUAAAAAUCCAGAAAUUUGAACAAACUUUUGUUUUUAAGGUAUACACAAAUAGGCAGAGGCAUUUAAAUCGCAUGGAUGUAAAAUGUAAACAUUAACACAUGAUUUAUUUCACAUACAGAUUCUACGCUACAAAUUUAAAUGAGUUUAAGUCAAAAUCUUGAUUUUAUUUGAAUUUAUUUAGAAAAAUGAACAAGCUGUGGCUCAAUGUAAACUAUGUUGUUGAGAUCUUCUGACAAUUAUUACAAUAAUGAUGACAUACAUGUAUGAUGAUAAACACCCAAUUAAACUAUUUUUUUCAUUCUUUUAUUAUUGAUAUUCAGGGUAUUGUUUUUCAUCUUCAUUCAAUUUGAUAUAAACAAAAUUAAUUUAGUAUUUCCUUCAAGAACUACAUAAAAAAUAGAACGAAGUCUGUUUCCAAUAUCUAAAUUGUAAUAGUUACUGACAGUUGCAAUAAUUAUACUACAAUUUCUUAUAAAAUUUACAGUCAAUUCUAGAUUGUUAUAUCGGUCUAUUGCAACAUUUAUAAUUCAAGAUGGCCAGAAGUAUGUGAACAAGAUUGUGAAACUAGUUUAA